AUGCAUUACAUUCGCCUCCUCCGAGCACCGAAGCUCUCUUACGAGAAAGGCAGAAAGCACCCCUGGUCUCUCAACAUCGUCCUUUCCGUCACCACCGACCUCGGCGACUCCUUCCUGAGUCCCGACGACAAUGAACCCGUCAAGAUCAACAUCACCGCCGGCUGGGAGAAGUCUUCAGGCCAUCAUGAACACACCACUAGCUCCAUGGUUCUGGCCGCGGAAAAGACUUUGCGCUGGACCCCCGGCAUGCGCGUCCUCAAGACCGACGUCCCUGUCCAACACCUCGCGGGCCCAUCUCUCUCAAGCCCCGGCCCCGGCUCAGGACCACUGAGGGUUCUCGUGCGCGCGGCCGGGGGCAAGUCGGCUGAGCUGGCGACCGGCGUCGCCUUGGCCGGAUUCGAGGGGGACUGCGGCAAGAUUAUGCCAGUAUGGGCCGAUGUGCAGAUGCCAGGUUCCGACGUGGCGCCCACGACGUGCGUGAGGAGGCUUGGGCACGGCGAGCGCAAGUCGGAGCCCUUCAUCGAGAUCGAAGAGGACAUUGGCGAGAGCAUCGCGCGGCACAUCUGGGAUGCCGGGCUUAUGGCUGUCUCGCGGGUCUGGCUGGCCAACGACACGGAGGCCCACGGCGCCGAAAGGCAUCACUGGCGCAUGGACGCCUUCCACGGGCUGCUGUUCCGGGGAGGGCCGCUCAACGUCCUCGAGCUUGGGUGCGGCGUUGGGAUCCUCGGCAACGGCCUGGCGCAGGCCAUGACCAGGACGGACCCGGAGGGCGCGAGCAACAUCCUCAUGACCGACCUCCCCGAGGCGGAGCAGCGCGCGAAAGCCAACAUCGCACGCCUGGCGAGGGCGGGGACGGCGUCCAUCCGCCCUGAAUACGAGAACCUUGACUGGGACGACGGCCGCAGGGGCGACCUCGGCGCGCUCGUGAAAGCCAGGUCGUGGCACCUCAUUGUCAUGAGCGACUGCACCUACAACGUCGACGUGCUCCCCUCGCUCAUCAACACCUGGACGGCGAUCCACGUGCACAACCUCUCCCUGCACAGCCCCGACAGCGGCGGAGGCCCCACGCUGCCGCAGACUACGUACGUCUACGUGGCGUGGAAGAAGCGGCACCCGGACGAGAACGAGUUCUGGCACCUCGUCGAGGACGCCGGCUGGAUCCUGCGCGAGGAGGACAUCGUCGACCUGCCGGUGCUCGGCGGCGAGACGGAGCGCAUCUUCUCAUACCUGUUCAAGACGCGCUCGCAAAAGUACGAGAGGGGGCCCGAGACGGGGACCUGGAGGUGUCUCGACAACGCCUACUCGAAGCCCUCGUUUGAGCAGCUGAUCAAGCGGUUCCCGGGCGAGGCGCAGAGGGUUUAUCCGGAUCGGUUCGCGGAAUAUCAAGCGGCGGCAAAGUAG